UGUCUGUAGCUGACUCCAUUAAACCAGUACUUACACCAGAUAUAUGUUGUCAGACAGUGUCAACUCAACUGUCGAGAUGCAAACAAGGUUCCAGGUACUUUAAUCCAGGUAAACCUUGUAAAAUGUCACGCAACAGCAGGUGAAAAAGAUGAUAAUGUCCCAGGAGCUGGGCAGCCAUGUUCUCUCUUCAGAAGAAGCCCAGGCCAGAGAGAGGAGGGAGGGGCUGUUGCAUCACAACUAGGAGUACAGGAAGCCAAGAGGGACAAACUAGAAAGCAAACACAGUAUGGCAGGUGCAAAUACCAUGCUCUGGGGCAGGACAGUCAUUUUGCAGAUAAAGUCACUCAGAUCUGCUCUGACUGGGAUCGUGUUAUUGAUACACUUCCGAUGGAUGUAACUUUGGCUCCUGCUUGUCCAGUGCUGAUGGAUACCUUUCGAUUUGUGCCGCCUGAGGACGUGGAGAGGAUCCUUGGCAAGAAAAAGACUGCAAGUAUGCCAAUGAUUUCAAUCAAGAAACAACUUCCUACAGAGAUACUCGCAGGAACGCCUCAGCAAGAGAGAGUCCAAAAGUGGCAGUUUAAAACCCGGAACCUCAAUCAGUGGCUGAGACCGGAUGAGAAACUCCCUCCUGGGCACACAGAAGACUGGAGAAAGAGAGAUGAAAAGACCAUUCGCCCACAUCCCCCCAAUAGUGGGAAGAAGUCCUGUGAUAUGUUGGGAGUUAGGCUCUUCCAUGCUUACGUCCCCAGCAAUGCCUCACUGGAGGAACCUUGGGCAACUCCAGGGUCAUGAUGGGUAUCCUGGGCCCAGGGAUGAAUCAUAGAAAGAAAGAAUAACUGUGUUAAUGACCACGAAUAGCCCAAAGAUCCAUAUGCAGUGGGCCCUUAAAGCAUCACCUUUAAGGCAUCACCUCAUUUCAAGCUAUCCAAAUCUGGAGUGGAUUGUUUGUUUGUUUGUUUGUUUGUUUACAGCACUUUUAUCCUGCCUUUCUCAACCCCGGAGGGGACUCAAGGCAGCUUCACAACAUUGGCAAAGCCUUUAAAAACAUAGUACAAUAAAAACAACUGUACUGUUAAAACAAUUAAAAGUAUUUGAAUCCAUACAACAAGUUAAAUUACGUGAUCCAUAGGCAUAGUCCGGGGCCGUUCCAUAAGUAAUUUACACAAUUAAACCGCUCCGAGCCAAACUGGGAGUAGCAGUAUACAAGUCAAAUAAAUAAAUAAUAAAUAAAUCUUUUGUAUCUAAUUAUUGCACUAGAUUCUCAAAGGCUUGGUCAAAGAGCCACGUCUUCACUUUUUUGCGGAAGGUCAGGAGGAAGGGGGCUGAUCUAAUAUUUCUGGGGAGGGAGUUCCACAGCCGAGGAGCCACCACUGAGAAGGCCCUGUCUCUCAUCUCCGCCAAUCGCACCUGCAAAGAAGGAUUAUAGCUCUGUGUGUGUGUGUGUGUGUGUGUGUGUGUGUGUGUGUGUGUGUGUAAACACCUAAAGAAAGAGUGAAACUGUACAUUGGGCCUUUGGUAUCUGACAGGGUUUGGUUCCAACACCCCCUGUAAAUUCCAAAAUUGUUGGCUAGAAAAGAUGAGCACAAGGUGAUUGCGUCAACUGCCUGGAGGAGUAAUAGGAAAAGUCAUCAGCCACCAGGACCCUCCAAAGUGCUCUAAUCAGACCCCUCCGCCUCCCGGUUUUCAAUAACACCAUCAACACAAAAGACAAAUCUUUUAAAAAGCCAAUAGAUCCCAACUGCUCAUUUAAGACCAAGCCAUCACAAAAUAAUUUACAUUAGAGAUACAGCUCAAACCAACUUAUCGGUGCUGGGGAUACAUGGCUAUGUAUGUUUAGACUGGAUCUUUGAGGAACUCAUGCAAGGAGAUGCCCAGAAUGAAUUGUGUCAAAAGAAUCAGCUCUAUCCUGAAAGCUUCCGGUAUUUUGCUGGCAAAAUCCAAGUAGGGGUUACGAAAACAAAAUAUUUUUUAGUCAUUGUUCAUGGAAAUUACUUCUGAAAGAGGCGAAGUAUUCGCAAAGUCCACAAUGUGAGAAUGUGGCUUUUAUAUCUCUGCAUCUUUGGCGUUUUAGAGUUUUAGAAACAAAUCUGUUUGUUUAGAAACAAAGUGAGAAUCACGCAAUAACAUUCUCCGUUAGCAAUGAACACAAAGCCAGCUCUCUCAAAAAUCCUUCUAAAACCUGUUGCAAUAGGAAGCUUCAUAUGACCCUCCAAUUGCCCGGCUUCUUGAGAAUCCCUAUCUUCCCGCCAUGCAUUGCCAGGGAAUCCUGCUCCACUCUGGCAGGAAGUUAACAGCGUCCCAUG